CUCCAUUUCUUUUCAUUUCACUGUGAUUGACUUGUUAUCAGAAGCUUGACGCCUCGGGAUCUGGAUCUCUUUCUAAUCAUUUAAUACUCCAUCAUUUGUUUAGUCCUGCGACCCUCAUUCAAAGCAAUCUUUUCAGCAAGACCAAAUUCCAUCACCAACAUGCAGCAAAAUCUUCUUGUGGUGCUCGGCCUUCUCACGGCUCAGCUCAAUGCUCUACCUCUUAACAUCAAUCUGGGAGCAUACUCGCCUGCCUUGGUAGUCGGUGAUGGUGAAAUCUCAUUCGGCGGUAAGCAAGAUGUCUCCAACCUGAUGAACGCACUCGAAGGCGCCGCAGUUUCAGGAGCAACCGCAGCAGCAGCAGCCGCGGCCCCAGCUGCUUCAGCCGCACCUGCAGCUGCAGCUCAAGCCCAGCCGGCCACACAAGCUCAAGCCCAACCUCAAGCGCAAGUCGUGCCCGCAGCUGGAACCACCGACCAAACAACACAGAUCACCUCCUUGCAAGGAAUGGGCAAGGAGAUCGCGCCCCGCGUCGUGCCCCUCAUCAAGAGCACCACUGAGAAACGAGACAUCGCUGGCUUCAACGCGGCAUUGAACUACGCAACUGGAGCACUGAAGACUAGCCCCGAGGUUGAGCUCGGCACUGGUGAGGGCGGAUCCGGUGUUGGUAUUACGCAGAAGGCCGGUGGAACUACGAGUACCACUACGAAGGCGGCGAGGAAUGUGGAGGAGGGACCAGCGAGGAAAAUGAAGACUACUGUUACGACUAUGUUUGUCAGAGGUGGACCUGCUCAAGCUGUUGCUGAACGUAGCGAAGAGAACUCCUCAGCACCCAUGGAAAAGCGAGCUCCUUCCCCAAGCAGCAUCGAUGGUGUCAAUCUUAACAUGGCUGAAGGACAAGUUGCCGAACUCACAUUCGUUGAGACGCGAGCUGUUGAGGAUGAUGAUGAGGAGUAGACUCACUGUCAAUGAUUGAUGAGAGGCGGAGAUUUGGAAAUACAUAUUUUCUUGUUUUGUAAGCUAUAAAUUUGUUGCGAUUACCAUUCUUGUGAUGAAGAUGAAGGGCGUCUUGAUACGGAUUUUACAUAUCCUGGAGAUACGGAUUAUUUAGAUGGGAG